UUAUUAACUUAUCUAAAAUUGUUGAGAAAUAUUCUAACAUCAAGAUACUUUUUUUAAAUCUUGUAGGUGGAAAAUUGUAAAACAAUUUAAUUACAUUUAAGUAUAAUUCAAUAGUAUCAUGAAACUUUCGGUAAGAAUUCGUGGAGACUGGUUUGCUGUGCCAUGUAAAGCCAACGACAAGGUAAGGUGGUUUGGCGAGGAGUCAUUAAAAAGAUACUACAAGAAACAUAAUAUCGAAGAGAAAAAUGAAAAGGUGUUUGAAGUCAGGAAAGCUAAAGGAGGGGCGAUUUUAGAUCCGGAUGACUCUAUCAAAGACGUUCUCGACGACAAUGACUUUGUUACUGUUGUUCUCCAUAGUUGUUUGUCAAGUCCGAUCACGGGGCCAGCAGAACCCGUUUAUCUGGAAGAAAAAAUCGCAACGUCGGAUGUAACAUUAGCCACAGAGUAUAUAUCAGUAGAUGGCAACAGUCUCAAUCCUGACGAUCUGGUUCGUUUGGGGAAAGGUCAUUUCCUUUUAAGGCUAACCCCGGAAGCAGAAACAGCCGUAAACAAAGCAAGAGCACUAUUGGAAGAUAUUGUCAAUCAAAACAAAGUUGUUUAUGGUAUAACGACUGGAUUCGGUAAAUUUGCAAGAACGGUAAUAGGCAAGGAAAAGCUUGUAGAACUUCAAGAAAAUCUUAUCCGAUCCCAUGCAGCUGGAGUUGGUAAUCCAUUGUCACCUGAAAGGACUCGUAUGUUACUGGCACUUAGGAUCAAUGUUUUAGCAAAGGGAUACAGUGGAAUUUCUCUUAUAAAUUUGAAAAAGUAUAUUGCCGCAUUCAAUGCCUCGUGCUUGCCAUGGGUCCCAGAGAAAGGAACUGUAGGUGCGAGCGGAGAUUUGGCACCUUUGUCUCACCUUGCACUGGGUAUGAUGGGUGAAGGUAAAAUGUGGAGCCCCAGAAGUGGAUGGGCUGAUGCUAAAUACGUCUUAGAAUCAAACGACCUCGAGCCAAUUUCACUCGGACCAAAAGAGGGCUUGGCACUUAUCAAUGGAACACAGCUUAUAGCAUCACUUGGUGCAGAAGCUGUUGAGAGAGCGGGAGCAAUUUGUCGGCAAGCGGACAUUAUUUCUGCACUAUCACUGGAGGUUCUGAAGGGCACGACAAGAGCUUUUGAUAGCAACAUACAUCGUGUUCGUCCACAUCCGGGACAGGCAAAGGUUGCCAGAAGACUGAGAUCUUUGCUUCAUUCGGACACGCACCCUUCAGAGAUAGCAGGUAUAUGUACUUUAUCCAUUAUGGCUCCUGUAUUCAAGCACAAUUUUGUUGACUGUCUUUUAUUUACCGUAAGAAUGGCCUUUAUUGUUCGAAGCAUUGUCUUAUUUAAUUUUUGUUUUAUUCCGUAA